AUGUUAACGUGGGUUAGCCUACAGGUUUUUAUUUUCAGUAUUUAUACAACUAUGCUUGGGAAGAAAAGCAGUGUGAACGCGUUGUGCCGUCGACUGUCUAGAAUAGAUGGUGUACGUUAUGCGGUGUCAACACUAUCACAAGGAAGAACUCAACGAUGGGUAUUAGCGUGGACGUUUCUGGCGAAGAUUCAGCUGGAAAAUAAGAAUUACUCUUCGCUUUAUCUCAUUUGUCCAAGCGAUAUCAAAACGUCGCCUCUACUUUGGGUUCGUUCUCAUUUGGAACGUCUUGAAGUGGAAACGGAACGGGAGAGUGUGGAAAUGGUAUGGCUUACUCAGCUCACCUGCUCUGCUCGGAGAGUUACCUGGACGAAUCAGCGUGCAAAGAGAAGGGCAGAAGCUAAGCUGAACCCUCCUGACGCAAAAAGAAGCAGGCUAUCCAAUGUAGAUGUCGGUUGUCAAAUAUCAAUGGGAGUUGGUGAUGGACGAGACUCAUUGUCAAAUGCUGGAAACUUCGAGUCCUGCACAAAAAUACCCUCAUCAGAUGCGCAGAUUGAUGCUGAGAUUCAGGCUUAUUUUCCAUGCUCUUUACCACCUUCGAUGUUGCGGUUCCGUGUCAUACAAUCUCGAGAAAAUAAUGGAGUUUCGUUCGAAUUUAUUGACGGCUAUAAACCAGGGUUAUAUCAGCUUUUACAAUAUUUAAAAAACCAAAUGAAAUGA